UGGCAACAGCAUCAUCCUCUGCUUUCUCAGCAUCGAUUGCAACACAGCUCAAACCCUUUGAAGGUUAGGCAGAUGAAUGAAAAAGACGAGCAGCUAGAGGUUGGUUUCAGUUGCAAAGGUAGCCUGUGUGGAGGUACUGCGGCCUGUAGUCCCUACACUGCUGAAUGAGAGAAAUGUGAGCUCGCUGCAGUACUGCAGUGCUGCUGCAGACAAUACUGCCAUCGGAGGUAAACAGAGGGCUCCGAGAGACAGACCGAGAGAGAGAGAGAGAGAGCAAGCUGCAGAGCAGCCACUGCCCUUACUGUCAAUACAGAUACAGACACUGUGCAGCUAGAAGGAGGACUGCUCAAUUGAAAACUGGAAGCACCAGAUUUACUACAAGUGCAGAUUGUGUUGCAGCCUGAAUUGACUGUAUGGAUAGUGAAGACUCCUGGUGCAAAGAGAGAAACCUGCAAAGGUGCAGAGAUGGUCAGACAGGGAAGGGAGUGCAGGCCCUACCUGUGAAGCAAGCUGCCUAAUCGCAGCUGGGACUCUCAGACCCCUAGCCCAUGGCGUGCCUGAAACAGCAGCAGGCUGCCAUCAAGAUGGAGGCAGUGAAGAUUGUGCCAGUGGAGAAGUUUGCAGAGUGCUCAAGCUCACAGGGCCGGUACGGGCCCUCACAGUGUGUCCGUGAACCGCCACUUGUGGGAAAGUGUGCCUGGCCCCUAGAGUCCGAGAUCAUCGCAAACCAGGCCUGCGCUGACGUCCCCACCCUGGAGAAAGCCCGGAGCCCUAGCGGGCUGGCCCGGACACCACCCCGCCGCGAAAAAUUUGUCCAGGGCCAUCGCAAGGCUAGUGCCGAACUGUGUUACCACCGGCAGACCCCAUCGGAUGAGGUCAUCGUUAAUCAGUACGUUCUUCACCAGUCAACCACUUCUGAACCCCUGGAAUGCCCCACCUGUGGCCAUGUGUACAAUGCCACCAACAAACGUCCACGAAUCCUCUCCUGUCUACACUCGGUGUGCGAGGAGUGCCUGCAGAUCCUCUACGAGUCCUGCCCCAAGUACAAGUUCAUCUCGUGCCCCACUUGCCGCCGGGAGACCGUGCUCUUCACCGACUAUGGCCUGGCGGCUCUGGCAAUCAACACCAGCAUCCUGGCCCGGCUGCCAGCUGAAGGCCUCACCACCAAUCCGGGCCAGUGGGGCAGUGAGGCUGACCGCAGCUGCUACCAGACCUUCCAGCAGUAUUGUGGGGCAGCCUGCAGCUGCCAGCUCCGAAACCCAUUGUCUUCCUGUGUCAUCAUGUAGAGGAAGAGAGAGAGAAGGCCCUUCCCCAUGUCACAGAGUAACAUUUGUGACCAAAAAAAGGAUUACUCCAAGACUGAACAACUUGCUGUUCUUUCUCAGCAACCUAUAUGGUAAAUUAUCUAUAACUGCAUUAUCUCAUCUGGGAGUUUCUGUGUUUUCUGUGAAAUCAAAGGUAUCAAAUUCAGGUUGAGUGGCAAGUAUUAUGCAGUCUUGAUAGUUUUGCCUGAGAGGCAGUGUUGCCAAGCAACCUGCACAUUCUUGACUACGACCUCGGAAUUGCUUCUUUUUCCACCCCAGUAUUAUACGACGCCUAAAACCAUUGCCAAAGCAGCAAGUGUUUUAAAGUGUUGCCCUCUCGAGGUUGGUAAAGCUUAAUGUGUUCUAGAUGCACACCACACUAUCCAGCAGCCUAUUGAGGCCCUCAUUCUUGGCCCUGCCCAGUGCCCUCAAUCUUUCACCAGAACACAGCAUCUGGCGAGAGCAUUUUUUUUAACCUGAAGUUUCGAUUUUGAUUGUUAGAUAAAUAGAGAAGGGUUUAGUAGCACUUAUUUUUAAUUGCAAACAUCCUCACCUAAGCCACAGACCUGCCCCAAACCUCCGUGACAUCAGAGGCAUGUUAGUAGCUUUUGUGCAGUGUCAACCCAGCCAAAAUCAGCACCAGGAGUGAUCGUCCUGGGCCAGCUGUCUCUGCACGUCAGCACUGUACAACCUCCCCCGAACCCAACCUCUAACCUCCCACCCUACACUCUCCCUCCUCUGACCUCUCACCUCCAAGCCACUGUGGUUCUGGAGGAAGCUGAGCUGAAAAGGGUUAUGACCAUAGGUUUCCACAUCGACCUGUCAGUCACAGUAAACAGUUAACAAAGGCUGCUCUCACCUGUGUGUCUGAGUGCAUUGGUUUUGCUUUCGUUCCUUGCCCCACCCACAAUCCCAGUCUUGGGUCCCAAGAAGCCGUUCACACAUUUAACACAACAGACGGAGAAAUACUCAUCUUUGGCUCCAAAUUAGGUGUAUAGAGCACCUAUGGCCAAAGCUAACAGUCAGUGCUGGAGAGCUCACCGAGAGCAGUGCUAGGAACACAAAGAAUGUUUCUUUAUUGAUUGUAUU